AUGACUACAGAAUCAAAAAUUAAAAAGACUCAAACCGAAGUAUUAAUCAUUGGUGCUGGUCCAGCAGGGUUGAUGACUGCGUGUUGGUUGGCUAGAACCGGUAUUCCAUUUAGAAUAAUUGACAAGCGUACAACUGAUAUUUUUGCAGGACAAGCUGAUGGUUUGCAAUGUAGAACAUUGGAAAUCUUUCAGAGCCUUGGAUUCGGAGACAGAGCUUGGAAGGAAGCUAACCAUAUGCUUGAAAUGGCAUUCUGGUCCCCUAAUGAAGAUGGUGAAUUAGCUAGAAGUACUAUUAUUGCUGAUACCAUUCCAGGAAUUUCUCGUUUCCAACAGUGUGUUUUACAUCAAGGUCACAUUGAAAAAUGGUUCAACGAUUCGAUUAACAAAUGGUCUGGAGGCAAACGUGGGGUGGAAAGACCACUCUUACCAUUGUCGAUCAAUGUAGAUGAAUCGAAGGUCGAUGAUGCGGAAGCCUAUCCAGUUUCUGUCCUUGUUAAGAACUUGACAAAAGAUAAUGAAAGACAGAAGCAGUCGAUUCCUGAACAAUUUGGUGCUAAAGUCGAGAAUGGUCUUUACAGACAAUUUGACGGUGAUCAAGAAAAAUUCUACGCCAAUUUAAAGACCGAUAUCGAAGAAGAUGAUACAAUAGACAAAGAGGAAUUUGAGGUCAUCGAAUGUAAAUACGUUGUCGGUUGUGACGGUGCUCAUUCAUGGGUCAGAAAGCAAAUGGGUAUUAACAUGGAAGGCGAAACAACCGACUUUGUUUGGGGGGUUUUAGAUAUGGUUCCACUUACUGACUUCCCAGAUAUUAGAAAGCGUGGUGCUAUCCACUCCAAAGACUCUGGUUCCAUUAUGAUUAUUCCAAGAGAAAAUGACAUUGUUAGAUUAUAUAUUCAGUUGAAUGAAAUUGAACGUGAUCCAGCAACUAAAAAUGCAUCUGAAUUUGGUGGUGGUAUCGAAGAUAAGACUGCAAAGACCAAGGGUAGAGUUGAUCGUUCUAAAAUUACUCCUGAACUUAUUUUAAAGACUGCCCAGAAGAUUUUUGCUCCUUUCAAAUUUGAAAUGACUGAUUUAUCGUGGUUCACUGGUUACCAAAUUGGCCAGAGAGUUUCACCAAAGUUCACUAAACACUCUAACCGUGUUUUUAUUGCUGGGGAUGCGUGUCACACUCAUUCUCCUAAGGCAGGUCAAGGUAUGAAUGUCUCCAUGAUGGAUACAUUUAACCUUGGAUGGAAGUUAGCUUAUGUUAUUAAAGGAUUAGCAUCCAGAGAUAUUUUAUCGACUUAUGAAUCGGAAAGAAUCAAGGUUGCUCGUGAAUUAAUUAACUUUGAUCAUAAGUUAUCUCGUAUGUUCAGUGGUAAACCAAUGAUUCCAAGCAAAGAUGCCUUAACAAAGGGUGAAGGGGUUGACAUGGACGAAUUCCACAAGGCAUUUUACAAGGGUAAUGUGUUUGCUUCUGGUACCUUAGUCGAUUAUAGUGCCUCAACUCUCGUCGUGAAACCAGAGACUACUGAUGACGUUUAUUUCGAAUCUCAAGCUUCUAACAUUCCAAUCGGAAGAAGAUUUGAUACAUCGCUUGUUGUCACUCAUUCAGACGCAAGACCAAUCCAGCUCGUGGAUCGUAUGUUGAGUGAUGGUCGUUGGAGAGUCUUGAACUUCUGUGGUGACGUUACAAAAAGCGCACAGAUGGAGAUUUUGAAUAAGAUUUCAGAUUUCGUUUACGCCAAAGACAGUUUCAGAAUUAAGUAUACUCCAGUUAAUGCUCGUGAAGAUUCCAUCUUUGAUGUUCUUACUAUCUACUCAUCCAAGCGUGAUUCGCUUGAACUUUUUGACUUCCCUCGUUUAGCCAUUCCUCAGGACCACAAGAAACGUCGUAACUAUUGGAAACUUCAUGCUGGUAUUGAAACUACAUUGCACGAAGGUGAAUGUAACGCAUACAAGAAGUAUGGUAUCGAUACCGAAAAGGGUUGUAUUGUUGUUGUUAGACCUGAUGGUUAUGUUUCAAUGGUCACUGAUUUUAGCCUUGAUGGUUAUAAGAAGAUCAGCAAUUUCUUCGAUGAAUUUAUGAUUCCUCAAACUAAGAACAUAUUGCCACCACAAUCCGAAGAUGACAUUGACAGAUUUGUCAAGCCUUUGUUUGCUAUAUAA